UUAUACGCACAAGGGUAUUAUAGUAAUUAAAACACAACCUCUAAAGAGAGCUAGGGCUUCAUCAGCAACUCAGAUAAAGGGGCCAACUUCCUCAUUUUUUCGGUCUAAGGCAAAAAAACCCUAGCACACUAUCGCAUACUUCCCUUGUUGCAGAGAUGGCCAAGUCGAAGAAUCACACCGCUCACAACCAGUCCUACAAGGCUCACAAGAAUGGCAUCAAGAAGCCAAAGAAGCAACGCCACACUUCCACCAAGGGGAUGGAUCCCAAGUUUUUGAGGAACCAGAGGUAUGCAAGGAAGCAUAACAACAGCGUUAAGAACGAUUCUGGAGCCGAGGAAUAGAUGAAAUGCCUUCAAAUUUGCAGUUUUGAGGGUUGUUUUUCGUAUUUGUCCUAAUUAGGCUUUAUAGUAUUUCAAGAAUAUUUUUUUUGGUCCUUUUAAUGUUUUUGCUGUUCUUAUUAGCUACAAUCUGAGGUUACUCUAGUGGGUUUUGAUUUACUAUUCGAAUUUCUGAGUAAUGAAAAUACUUUCAAGGGUUUUUUAA